AUAGCUUUAGAAGCGAUGCUUCAAGAUGGUCAUCUAAGAUGACUGUCUUCAUUGACCUGUAUGCCACUCCAUAGAACGACAAAAGGUGGCACACGCUGGUCUCAUCUUUCCAACCGCCAAACCGGCUAACAUUACUUCACUGUGAUCCUGUACAAAAGAAAAAUGUAUAAAUAUCCUGGAUAAAUGGUGCACAGGGUGAAAUAGUUUUGAAGCAUGUUAUAUUGGAUUCUGUUUAUGAUAAUUUAAACAUAUUGCUCCUGUUACCAUGGGUAAUCAACUGACAGGUAUUGCUCCUGCACAAAUCCUUAAUGCUGAAAAUUACUUCACAGAACUGCCAGAGUAUAGAUUUGAUGCUAGCUUGGGAAGUACAAGAUUCUUAAAAGUAGUGCGAGCAAGACACAAAGAGGGAUAUGUCGUUAUUAAAGUAUUCGUUAUACAUGAUCCAUCUCUUCCGCUAUCUUCAUAUCAAGAAGAAUUAACUAAAAUAACCAAAUAUGUGUCUGGCUUUCCAAAUGUGCUACCUUUCCACAAGAGUCUGCUGACAGAUCGAGCAGGGCUAAUGAUCCGACAGUACGUUCAUGACAACUUGUAUGAUCGUAUCAGCACCCGUCCGUUCCUAAAUACUGUGGAGAAGAAAUGGAUUGUUUUUCAACUACUCUGCGCCUUGGAGCAAAUGCAUGGUGUAAAACUUUGCCACGGAGAUAUAAAAACAGAAAAUGUUAUGGUAACCAGUUGGGGAUGGAUGCUUUUAACCGACCUUGCUAGUUUCAAACCUGUGUUUUUACCUGUUGACAACCCUGCAGAAUUUAAUUAUUUUUUUGAUACAUCAAGACGAAGAACUUGUUACUUAGCUCCUGAAAGAUUUGUUGAUGCAAGCUCAAGAAACCAAGACUCUCUAAACAUUAGUAAUACUGAUAAAUCUGAUGGUUCUAGUCCAAUUCUACCAAUGCAAGGUUUUCCAGCUGCCCAUCAGUUUGAUCUUACUGAGACUAUGGAUAUCUUCUCAGUGGGUUGCGUGAUCGCUGAAUUAUUUUGUGAUGGUACUGGACUUUUUGAUUUAUCGCAACUUCUUGCAUAUCGCACAGCAGAUUUCAAUCCUGAACCUAAGCUCUCCAAGCUUGAUGAUAACAUUAAGGACAUGAUUAAACAUAUGAUCCAACUUGAUCCAAAGAAAAGACUAUCUGCAAAAGACUAUAUGAGCAAGUAUAGAGGCUCAGUUUUUCCAGAAGAAUUUUAUUCGUUUUUAAAGAACUAUUUAUGUGGAUUUGCAUUAAUGCCUGUUUUAACUUGUGAUGAGAAAAUAGCGAAAAUUGCUGGUGACAUGGGAACAAUCAAAAGUACAUUGUAUCCCAAGUCCAAUGUUGAUGAAACAGUGGAUGAAAAUGAACAUAAAGAAAUUCUGAAAGAUGAUAAUUGUUUUGUUAUGAUUGUCUCACUUGUUACUUCAUGUGUUCGCAGUUUAAAAUUUAGCAUAUCAAAGUUGACUGCAAUUGAUCUUAUGUUAGAGUUAUCAUACUACGUAUCAGAUGAAAUCAUACUAGAUUUGCUACUGCCCUACAUGUUUUUUCUUGUCAGUGAUAAAAUUCCUCGUGUUCGAGCUAGGGCUAUUACCGCAAUUACCAAAAGUGUAAAACUUGUUACUAUUGUGCCCAAAAAUGAAGCAAACAUCUUUCCUGAGUACAUACUACCAAAUUUGAGUCAAUUUGCUAAUGAUACUGAAGUUAUUGUUCAGUGUGCAUUUGCAGAGAACAUUUCAUCUCUGGCUGAGACUGCUUUAAAGUUUUUAGAACUUGCACAAUUAGGUAGUAGUGUCAGCGAUAAUGAUGAUCAAAGUCAAUAUCAGGUUUGCUAUGAUGUUGAACUCCACGCCUUGCAUGAACUUAUUCAAAAUAAAGUUGUUGCUUUACUGACAAAUUCAGAUAACAUUGUCAAACGUACCUUAAUGGAAAAUGGCUUAACCCGUUUGUGUGUAUUUUUUGGGCGCCAAAAAGCCAAUGAUGUAUUGUUAUCACAUAUCAUUACUUUUUUGAAUGAUAAACAAGACUGGCAGUUAAGAGCAGCGUUUUUUGACAGUAUAGUUGGUAUUGCUGUUUACAUUGGCUGGCAUUGCCUUACAAUACUAAAGCCUUUGUUACAGCAGGGACUCAAAGACGCUGAGGAGUUUGUUGUAGUAAGAGCAUUACAAGCUUUAACAUCUUUAGUUGAACUAGCACUUUUACAAAAACCAAUCAUUUACGAAUUCAUCGAUGAUGUUUGUCCAUUUCUAUGCCAUCCAAAUCAGUGGAUUCGUUAUGGUGCAGUUGGUUAUGUGGUGGCUUGCGCAAAAGCAAUGUCACUGGCAGAUGUUCACUGUAGGUUGGCGCCUAGUGUGAUCCCGUAUUUGCAACAGCCAGUUAUUCAAAUGGAUAACCAGACUGUGCUCCUCAGUGUACUUAGUGAACCUAUCCCUCGACCUAUUUAUGAUUAUCUUGUCAAGUCACCAAAAGCCAGAACAUUUUUGGCCAGAUUGAUUGCCCAUCAAGAAGAAAAUCCGGGAAUUGCAUUUGCUUCCUCUAAUACUGACCCUCUCUCACAAAUAACACGGAAGUUGAAAUCGCAGGGUAUGACACCACAGAUUGAGAAAAAAUUGGUUUGUUUAAAAGAAAUUAUUUUGAGAUUGAAUGCUUAUAAAACAAACCCUGAUAUGCAGCAAUCGAAUGAGUUAAUAUUGCCUGGUGUAUUGGAUUUGUCCUCGUUAUCAUUCUUGCCAGAAGCCAAAGAAAUAGAUUUAGCUAGAAUGGCUGAAAACAAAGCCGAAACAAAGCAACUGCAAAACAAACGAAACAAUCCACUUGCAAAACAACAACAGCAGCAGCAACCACCAUUGCAGCAGCCACUCCAACAAUCACUUUCUCAGCAAACACAGCCGCUACAGCAACAACAACAAUCACUCCCUGAGGUGGAGAAGACGUUAACAAACACCCCUUCGUCUGUGGAUGUUCAGCCAAAAGAUAGGUCAAAGGAAGGCGAAAAAAAGUUAGUAAAGGCUGAUGAAAGUGAUAGUCAUCAUACAAGACCACCUACUGCACCAACAGCAAUGACUGAUCAAGCCAAAUACGCAAAAUGUAAACAAGCUGUUAGAAGGCUAGCAUUCUUCAAAAGAGAUCAAUACGUUUCUGACAUGAAGAGGAAAACGUUAUUCAACUCAGUUGUCGAAAAUAGAGGAAAACAAACAGGUUGGAAACCGAAGGGACAGUUAGUUGCUCAUUUACACGAACAUAAAGCUGGUGUAAAUAGGGUCGUGACGAGCGAUGACUACACAUUUUUUGCCACAGCAUCUGAUGAUUCCACUGUUAAAAUUUGGGACACUCACAGGUUGGAUGGGAAGGCGUUAACAACUCGCUCGAAAUACACGUACACUAAACAAGUUGGUAAAAUAAAUUGUUUAACAUUUUGUCAAAACUCGACAACUUUGGCGUGUUCAUCAGAUGAUGCGUCUAUUCAUGUGUUUCGAAUCGAUGCAGGUGGUGGUGCCGGCCAGAAGCUUCCGUUGAUGAUCGAAAAAAAAUUAAACGUGAAAGAAGAAGGACGUGCAGUAGAUAUGCAUCAAUAUGAUGCAGGUACUCAGUCGAUCAUUACAUAUGCUACAGUCCAUGGUUACUUGUGUGGUUGGGAUCUAAGGCAGCCGAAACAAAAGUAUGCUUGGAAGUUUAAAAACGACGCGAAACUGGGUUUGAUAUCGAGUUUCGCUGUGGAUCCUCUUCAGUGCUGGUUGACAUGCGGGACGAGCGAUGGUGCAUUGGUUUGUUGGGAUAUGAGGUUUCAGCUACCCAUCACACAAAUAAUACAUCCAGGAAACGCAAGAAUUCGACGCAUUGGUAUACACCCGCUCGAAUCGUCAUGGGCGGUGGCUUCAAUACAAGGUAACAACGAGGUUUCCAUGUGGGAUUUGGAAACGUCGGCAAAAAGGCAAACACUUUGGGCAAGUCAGUACCCGCCCCUAUCACAAUCUCAGUCCUCGCGUGAAACUGUAUUGGCUAUGCAUGCAUCCCAUAACGAGUCAAAGCCUUAUUUUAUAACAGCGGGAACAGAUAAAAGAAUCCGAUUUUGGGAUUUACGUGAACCGGAAUGUUCAUCCAUUGUUGCUGGAUCUGCAACGGAUAAUUUAGAUCAUGUUGCACUGAAGUACAAUAAUCGUUUAAUCGAUGGAACAGAAGUAUUAUAUGAAACAUACGAAAAACGUCGUUCAAAUUUGACGUACGACGAACGUCCACGACGUGGCGCCGACGAGCCUCCCACUGGGCACCAUGAUUGUAUCACUGACAUCGCAGUGACGAAACUUCCACAGACAUUUUUGAUAAGUUGCUCAAAAGACGGUGUUGUUAAAGUAUGGAAGUAGUGAACGCUCUGGUAUUAAACGCAGUGCUAACAGGCUAAGUGUGCCAGGUGUUAUUUCCGUAAAAUUUCUUAUCCGCAAAAAUUAGGUAGUUUUGGUAUUAUCAUUUCAGAAGGGUUUUAAAAAAUCUUUGCAAACGGUUUAACUUUCUAUAAUUCGAAGUCUCUAUUAAGUCAAACGAAUUUUUGGUAUAUAUUUUCGAAUAAUUUUGUCUGACGUAAUCUAAUACCAACAGAUUGGAACCUAGUUUGCCUCAACAUUUUACCUAAUCAUUACCUAAUUAAUAAUUACAUUUCUGUGUACCUUUUUUUUUUCUUGUAAACAUUUUAAAAAUAAUGUACAUAUUUAGAAGAUUUUGUAAAGCAUUCAAUUUAACUAUAUUCUUAUGAAUUAAAUUAGAUUUGAAAAACGUCCUUAUCUAA